AUGGACCCGAAGGACCUGGAACAGCUGGAGCUCUUCUGCCAGUCGCUGUAUGGCGGACAGCCAAUACAGCAAAAUGAGGCUCACGAAGUACUUAUGCCAUUGCUUCGUGAUGUGCAGAAGAUACCGCUAUUGAGGGAUAUUAUGGCGCAAAGUACCAAUCUGCAAGCACUUCUAUUCGCAUCAUCGGGACUUGUCACGGUCAUCACCAACAACUGGUCUCACGUACCGGACUCACAGAAGAUAGAGCUCAGGGAGUUCCUCCUGAACUACAUUUACAACCGUGGUCCAGAAAUGUUGAAGUGCGCACCUGAGGUACUAGGACAAUUUAUCCAUCUUUAUUGCAGAAUUGUUAAACUUGGAUGGCUGGAAGAGGUAUAUAACCACCCAGUGGUGCAACACGUAGGACAGUUCCUAGCAGCGACCACGCAACACUGGAUUAUUGGACUAAGCAUAUACUCGGACUUGACGCAAGAAAUGCAACCUCAAAUGGGAAAGUUUGUCGCUAAAUUGCGAAGAGGGGCACUCAACUUCAAGGAAACAGUUCUACCUAAGAUAUUCGCGGUAUGUUUAAGAGCUAUCGGCACGCAGUUUUCUCAGGUUACAGUGCAAACGCUAGAACAAUUCCACAAUGGAACUGCACGAGUUGGAGACACUUAUGAGGAAUUGAGGAUGCUGCAACAAAUCCUACAGCUCUGCUAUAACUGCUUAAGCUUCGAUUUUAUGGCAACGAUGCCAGAUGACACCUCUGAGGAACAAAGCACCGUAAUGGUGCCGCAGAGCUGGGAUGUACUACGCAGCGACAAGGUGCCACGUAUUCUGUUCGAGCUAUAUGCGCAAAAUUGGAAUAAGAGCCCUCCAUGUGCGGUACUCUGUCUACGUUGUCUAGUUGUUGUGGCCGCAUUGCGCAAGUCAUUCUUCAACACUGAAGCCGAAGAUCUGUCCCACAUUAACAGCUUCAUGGUUGGAACUAUGGAUAUUAUUAGAAACAAAAUGGGACUAACAAACGAUGAUUGUUAUCACGAACUGUGCCGAUUACUUGGGAAAAUUAACGCGUCAAAUCAACUGAGCCAACUCUUGCAAAGUGCCGCCUUCCCAAUGUGGAUGGAACAACUACACACCUUUACUGUAGAAGCCUUAAAAAAUUGGCAACAUAUGCCAAAUAGCAAACACUACUUGUUGGGUGUGUGGGCACACAUGGUAGUCCCACUAGCCUACAUGCGUGGAAAGGUGCCGACCGUAUUAGAGACAAACAUACUACAGGUCACUCUGGAGUUCAUUCAGAGUCGACUAACCAUGGCAGAGGCAAUAGUUAAUGCUGGAGAUGAUCUGGACUUCGAUAACCCACUGGAAGAUGAAAUUUUACGAAUGGAACAGGCCGAUCUAUUCAGCAGACUCUGUCGAUGCCAGUACAGAGCGGUAUGUUCUCGUGUCAUUGAAUUGUUUCAGUCACUUGAUAAAACCACAAUGACACCGAACUUUUAUGCCGUUAAGGAGGAAAAGGUGGCAUGGUUGGUACUGCUGGCCGGAGCGAUGUUGAAUGGCUCCAGCUCACUGCGGCUUACUGGUGACGAGUCCAACAUGACAGCUCUAUGUCUACAAACGAUGAACAUAGAAUUGGUUGGACAAGUCUUUCUAAACAUGGCUGCAAGUGAUGCAAAACCUACUGAAUGCGUUAGGCUGGAAAUGUCCUAUUUGCACUUCCUGACAUACUUCAAAAAAUUCUUUGUUAGCGAACAUACAAAGGGGAGUAUCUCGGGAGACUGCAGAGAAAGAUUUUCUCAAGUGCCAGGAUGCCCACCGGGCAUGGAUGGCGCACAGUAUCUGUUGAACCGAUUGGUAGAGAAGGUAUUCUUCAAUUUACAGUGCCGCGUAUCCGACGAAGGGGUUAUCAAAAAAACACUCGCCUUCUUUAGUGAACUUUCUUCUGGUAUCGAUAUCGUGCAUUACGCAGACCGCUCUCCUCAUCUAGUGGUAUCGGCGAGGCUCAUUUUGCAGUGCAAAACCUUAAGGUUUGCACUACUGAACCAUGCCGACAGAGGGUUCAGGUUCCUACAGCUACCGCAGUAUGGCAGAUACCGUACCAUCUACUACAGUAUCCUAUGCAAACUGCUGCUGCUAGAACUUAGUGGAGAUGACGAGCAUAGCGAUAACGUGCUUAAGUUCGAAGGCUUUAUGGAUCACCAUAAGAACGUGAUAGAUCAACUGUGGAAUCUCACUGCCCCAAUGUUGGCUUCACCUGAAUGCAAACCGACGAUUGUCGGUCUAAUGCGUGAUUUGAAGGGUAUUUGCAAAUCCUGCGUUUCGGUUGAGGCUUACCAAAUGUUCUUCAACUGGAUUGUUAACGCACCGAAACAACCGGGUAAAUCGCGUCUACACUUAAUGAAGCGUCUUGUUGAAGCAUGUUGGUCAGAUUGUGAUAUUAUGGUUCCCCUGGUGAAGUGCUUGGCGGAGUUCCUAGACAACCGUGGACACCGAAUAACUUUCGACAAGACAUCGGCGAAUGGAAUUUUACUAUUCAAGGAGUCUGCCGGAAUAGUGAUGAGUUAUGGUUUGAAGCUCCUGCAGAUGUUGCAGAGCGCCGGCAACGGGCCCAGACACUCGGGAGGCGACGCUGAGACUUACAAGAAAAUAUACAAGGGGGUUGCUGCAUGUCUACAGGUAUUAGAUCACACUCUUGCUGGUGAUUAUGUGAACUUUGGUGUUUUUGAGGUAUACGGAGAUGCAACACUGGAUGAAGUGCUGCGACUUGCAUUCGAACUGUGCCUCAGCAUACCCAUUGAAGACCUACAGGCAUAUUCCAAGUCCCUACAGCCUCUCUACGUUUUCCUGGAUAUCAGCACAAGGCUAUUCAUGCCGCAACUACUCUCUCUAACACCGGAUAACGUGGCACAACUGGUAAAUGCAUGCUUGGAUGGUCUAUGCUCGUACGAAGUACCGGUAUCACUAUGCGCAGCUGGCGCUCUGGAUCACUUUGUGACACACAUCUACAAUGAACGUAACAGCACAGUUACUGGUGGAGCUCCGCACCCUGCUCGCAUAUUCUUGGAAUCACAUAUCGAGUGUUUGCGUCGUGCCAUGAUAUUGAUCUUCAAUUUGCUGCUGAGCGGCGACUCCAACAGUGCUUGGAGCGUAAGCCGGCCUUUAUUGGGGCUUAUCUUGCUAAACCAAAACGAAUUUGCGCAAUUGCCACAAAGUCUCUCGGUUAAUAUGUCCGAAGAAAGAAAAGCGAAACUGCAACACUGCUUUGCCGCUCUGAUGAACGGAUUGGACGGCACCUUGUCACAUCAGAACAAGGAUACAUUCACAAAAAACGUCUACAUUUUUUCACAAGAGGCACGUUUGUCCUUCGUGUAA